GCCAGAUGAACUGCGAUAGCAGAGACGGAAACUGUGCAGCUCUUUAAACAAAGCAACCGGAUUUUAAGAUGAGACCUCUUUUGUUUUUAUUUUGGUCUAUUGCACUUUCUUAUGGACUCCCCAUCCUUUCAGAGAAGAGAAGAGAAGAACAAAGCCAACAGCUUGCGCAGGCGUAUAUCAAUCAGUUUUAUGAGCCAGAAGCUGAUCCACGGCAGCGAGGAUGGAAGACAAACAAUUUGUCCUUUGUGGAUAAAAUCAAACAAAUGCAAGACUUUUUUAGAUUGAAUGUAACCGGAGAGGUGGAUGCUGAGACCUUAGAAGUCAUGCAGCAGCCACGAUGUGGUAUCCCAGAUAUUGGACAGUAUGUCCUGGCUCUUCCCGGAUGGAGAAAAACUAAGCUUACAUACAGAAUUAUGAAUUACACCCCUGACAUGAAGAGAGCUGAUGUGGAUGCCUCCAUCAAGAAAGCUUUUGAAGUUUGGAGUAAAGUGACCCCUUUGACAUUCGUCAGGAUUCACAGAGGGAGAGCAGACAUCAAGAUUGAGUUUGCAACAAGAGUGCAUGGCCGCUGUCCACGGCAAUUCGAUGGACCCCUAGGUGUCCUUGGGCAUGCUUUCCCUCCUGGUCAUUACUUUCGUGGAAAUGUCCAUUUUGAUGAGGAUGAAACCUGGAUAGGCAAUUUGUAUGAGCAAAGAAGAUCUAGAAAUUACCCUGUCGCUCCAGCAGAAGAUGUCAGGACUCCUGUCUUGAAAAAAGCCCCAAAGCUGAAGUCUUCUGCUGUUCCUCUCCCUUACUCCACCAUUAAAUUCAACUUGUACCUUGUUGCUGCACAUGAGAUUGGGCAUGUACUUGGCCUCGCACAUUCUAAUGAUCCAAGAGCACUGAUGUUCCCCAAUUAUAAACCCAUUGACCCUGAUGAUUCUCCGCUUUCUGAAGAUGACAUUAAUGCCAUCGAGACCAUCUAUGGACCAUCACAAAAUCCUUCAAAUGAACCCGUGAAGCCAACGCUACCAAAAGCUUGUGAUCCUAAGCUAAAUUUCGAUGCCAUCACUACUUUCCGAAGAGAAGUGAUAUUUUUCAAGGGAAGGCACAUCUGGAGAGUGUAUCCUACAGGCUCCGAAGUGGACAUGGAACCAAUUUCUACUUUGUCACCUCUCCUGCCAUCUGGAAUCCAGGCAGCUUAUGAAAAUAUGAAUGAUCAGGUUUUUUUCUUUAAAGGUAAUAAAUUCUGGAUGAUUAGUAGGCUUCAAAUGCAGCCUGGCUAUCCCCAACCUAUUGACAAGUUGGGAUUCCCAACAAAUAUUGAGAAAAUCGAUGCUGCUGUUUUUGAUAAAGAUACUGGAAAAACCUAUUUCUUUGUUGGCAACCAAUAUUGGAGGUAUGAUGAAAAUACUCGGUCCAUGGAUGAGGAUUAUCCAAGGAAUAUAAGCGAUGAUUUUCCUGAAAUUGACGAGAAGAUUGAUGCUGCCUUCCAGCUGAAUGGUUUCUUCUAUUUUUUCCAUGGGUCCAGGCAGUGGGAGUUUGAUCCGAAGACUCAAAGGGUGAUUCGUGUAAUGAAGAGCAACAGCUGGUUUAAUUGCUAGACAUUGUCUUAAAACACAACCCCUGUAAGAGGAAAAUAGUAUACAAAUGAUUCUGUUAAAGCAUUAAAACUAUGUAUCAUAGAUAAUACAUUUGGGAAGCAAAGAUCCAGAGGAUCACUAGAUGGCAGUAAACAAAUAUUGAAAAUUAGCUUUUUGCUGUCCAUAGGAUGGUUGCAAAACAGUUAUGUGCUCCUACUUUUGUUAUAAAGUGUGAUCUCUUUUUAAAUGUCUGUAUUUACUCAAUGCAUAUAAAGCUUUAACAAAAAAAUUAGCUGCUUGUAAACAGUGACUGCAUUUUCUCCUGUGACCGGGCAUUAAUAGUUCUACAUGUUUGCCCCCAAAUAAGAUUCACUAUGUUCAGAGAAAUGCAUUGGCUGGGGAAUAAUGUGCAAAAUUGUCAAUUUAAUGCUAUGCAUUUUGAAAUAGAUUUGCAAUUUUAAAAACUAUUGGCUUUUAAAAUGUAUUUGUAGUUGAUGGACCAUAAGACAAGAAAAUGAUUUUAAUAAAAAAACAAAGUAUUAUAUUAGAAAAGGUUUUUCAUAUUAAAUACGAGAUACAGAAGUUACACUGCAAGAUAGAAAUGUAUAGAAGGGAAAACACUAACUGCAAAGAAAC